ACUGAAAAGGCAUGACCUUGAAUUUGUUACUUGUUGAUCAGGUCGCGUGAUGAAAUAGAUUUAAUACAACGCUAUACAUAAGUACAGAACAGCUGUAGCCUUUCCUUUAAAUGUGGAAUGACCGUUUAUGUUAAAGAGGUGAUCGUUUAUUUGGAUAACGUAAAUUAAGUUGUACCAAACUUAUAAAUGUAUUGUAGGAAUUGCCACGUGCAGAAAUAAGAUUUAAAUUUUAACUCGGUUUAACAUAAGUAAGCUUUAACUUAAACAUUACUCAUUUACUGUCCAAAUUCCCUGGUUUUAGUUUUACUAAACUUUGGAAGUAAUUAUGGCUGCUGUUCCUAAAUCAGAUCAAGAAAAACGAAAACAAAUUAGCGUUAGGGGAAUUGCUCAAGUAGAAAAUGUGGCUAAUGCAAAAAAGACUUUCAACCGGCAUUUGCACUAUACUUUGGUAAAAGAUCGUAACGUUGCUACUCCAAGAGAUUAUUAUUUUGCUUUAGCUCAUGCUGUUUGGGAUCAUCAAGUGGGAAGGUGGAUUCGUACCCAGCAGUAUUAUUAUGAAAAAGACCCAAAGCGUGUUUACUACCUUUCCCUGGAAUACUACAUGGGUCGAACCUUGUCCAACACCAUGAUCAACCUUGGAAUACAAGGUGCUUGUGAUGAAGCUAUGUAUCAACUGGGUUUAGAUAUUGAGGAGCUGGAAGACAUAGAAGAAGAUGCAGGACUUGGUAAUGGAGGGCUUGGCCGGUUAGCUGCUUGUUUUCUGGACUCUAUGGCAACAGUUGGCUUGGCUGCUUAUGGCUAUGGUAUAAGAUAUGAAUAUGGCAUUUUUGCACAGAAAAUUAGGGGAGGUGAACAGAUAGAAGAGCCAGAUGAUUGGCUCAGGUUUGGUAACCCAUGGGAAAAAGCCAGACCAGAGUAUAUGCUGCCUGUGAACUUCUAUGGACAUGUCCAGAAAACUAACCGUGGCUACAAGUGGGUUGAUACACAGAUUGUUUUUGCCCUACCUUAUGACACUCCAAUUCCUGGUUUCCGUAACAAUGUAGUGAACUCUUUACGACUUUGGUCUGCAAAGUCUCCUAAUAGCUUCAACUUAAGAUUUUUUAAUGAUGGAGACUACAUUCAAGCUGUACUUGACCGUAAUUUAGCGGAAAACAUUUCUAGAGUGCUUUAUCCAAAUGAUAAUUUUUUUGAAGGGAAAGAACUGCGUCUAAAGCAAGAGUACUUCAUGGUGGCUGCAACCCUUCAAGACAUAAUUCGUCGUUUUAAGUCUUCUAAAUUUGGCAACAGAAACCCUAUACGAACAUCUUUUCAGACAUUUCCUGAUAAGGUAGCCAUUCAGUUAAAUGAUACUCACCCUGCCUUGGCUAUUCCUGAACUGAUGAGAAUUUUUGUUGACAUUGAAGGUUUACCAUGGGAAAAGGCUUGGGAUAUUACAGUUGCAACCUGUGCCUAUACCAAUCACACAAUUCUUCCUGAGGCAUUGGAACGUUGGCCAGUUAAAUUGCUUGAAAGGAUUCUACCUCGCCACCUGUUGAUCAUUUAUGAUAUUAAUUCACACCUCCUUAAGGAAGUCCAGAAACGAUGGCCUAAUGAUGUAAACCGGCUUCGCAGAAUGUCUCUUGUGGAGGAAGAAGGAGAAAAACGGAUCAAUAUGGCUCACUUGGCUAUUGUAGGUUCACAUGCUGUCAAUGGUGUAGCUGCUCUCCACUCUGAAAUCCUCAAAACAAACCUGUUUAAAGACUUCUAUGAACUCACUCCAGAGAAAUUCCAAAAUAAAACCAAUGGAAUAACACCCCGUCGAUGGCUAGCUCUUUGUAAUUCAAACUUGGCUGAUGCUAUAGCUGAGAGGAUUGGUGAAAACUGGCUGACACAUCUAGAAGAUUUAGAGAGAAUUAAACCUUUGGUAAAUGACAGGAGUUUUAGGAGAACAUUCCAAAUUGUUAAACAGCUUAAUGGAGCACUUACGAUUGGUACUUUGGAUGGAGCUAACAUUGAGAUGAAACAAGAGAUGGGAGCUGAGAACAUCUUUAUCUUUGGAAUGAAUGUAGAAGAAGUGGAAGAGCUCAAAAGGAAAGGUUACAAUGCUUGGGAAUACUACAACAAAAACUUUGAACUGAAACAAUGCUUGGAUCAGAUCAGUAGUGGAUUCUUUAACUCGGAGAAUCCAGACAAGUUCAAGGAUGUUGUUAAUGUUUUGUUGAAUCAUGAUAGAUUUUUCCUUCUGGCUGAUUAUGAUUCUUACAUUAAGUGUCAAGAGAGAGUGAGUGACAUGUACACAAACAACGAAGAGUGGACGAAGAUGGCCAUUUUGAAUAUUGCCUCAUCUGGCAAAUUUUCCAGUGAUAGAACAAUCUGUGAGUAUGCUCGGGAAAUCUGGGGUAUUGAGCCAAGCUGGGAGAAACUUCCUGCACCCCAUGAGCCCAGAGAAGUAAUGGAUGACCCUGUUUCACUCUCCAGCACUUACUAAGCAUUGGUUGAAAUUAUUCUUCAGGUUGUCAUAAUAGGCCAUAAAAACUAAGAGAACCCCUUUCCAACUGAAUGUGUAUUGCUGAAAUGAUAUUUUUGUUAAAAUAUAUGCCACCCUAAAAAUUCUUCAUGGAGGCUGCAAGUGUGUAUGUUUGUUUAUGAGAACUUCAAACUAGUUUUUGUUCUAUCAGUUUUGAAACUUGCUGUGUUUGCCAUAGGGUUUGGAAGGUCUAAGAACAGUUACUUUGUUAAUGUAAAGGCACUGUGUGGUAGGUUACAGAAACACCUGUUGUGAAUGUUUGUUGUUGUAUUCUUGAUUUAGAGUAUAUCCUAUUUGUGGCAAAAUUAUUUCAAUAUUCAAAGUAUAUACAGAAUUUGGUAAAAUGUGUAAACAGACUCUUGUGAGGACAUUAACUAAAGUCAAUAUGGAACAAUUUUUGUUCAUGUUUUAACUAAAAGCAAAUGGUAGUUUUAUUUUUUCUGUAAUAGAUUAAUGUUGUAGCUUCUUUAUAUAAAUACCUAAACUGUUUUCAUAAUUUCUAUUGCUUUAUUUUGUUUGUAUUGUUAUUUUAUAUCAACAUUAUUGUUCACUGGACAUUCCAAUAUUGGGAAAAUAUUUGAACAGAUUUUCCCGUUUUGUCUAGUUGAUACCAAGUUUUGAAAAUAAAAUAUUUUUGUAAUGUAUAAUAUUAAAAUAAAGUGCUAUAGAAUCUCGUCAUAAACAAGUAUUCGUACACAGUUAAUAACCAAUUAUGUAUGACCAAAUAUUUGUAGUUAACUUGUAAUUCUUUAUUUGUUGAAGGUUUGUUUGUAAUUUGAAUAUUUUUACGCUGUCUUUUAUACUUGCUUAAUAAAGUUCGCGGGAAAGAAAA